AUAAAAUAUUGAAAUAUGUGGUGUCUUACAAUUGCCUUGUUUGUUAUCUCGCUACUUCAUAUUGCAGAAGGUUGCAGAGUAUGUCCGGAAGGAGUGGAUCUUUUUCGGUGUACAAAAACCCCGUGUCAAGGACACCAGUGUGAGGGAGCUGUAUGUAGGAACAACUAUUGUGGAGGUGCAUGUAGUCGUCUAUGGUAUGAAAACAGAGGUGGCUCCUUAAUGGACGUAACAGAACGGUGUGAAUUCCGAUGUCCAGGCGGCAGUGAUUGUUUACCAGGAGUAUUUCCAACGCCAUGUAUAAGAAAUCCAUGUGAUACAAUUAGCUGUAUAGGCCAACCUAACGCUAAAUGUUGUCCGGUAUAUUGUGGAGGGUGCCAUGCAUUAUGGUAUGUGAAUGGUGUGAAAGUCAAUUGCCAAAAAUAAAGAAAAGAGUGUAUUGUCUUUCAAUAAAAUUCAGUUAGAUUUGACAGCA